CACACAUUUUCCAGCAGCUCAGUUUGGGUUUGAUUUAUUUGCAUUAGGGGUUGCCCUCCUCCUGACCCCAGAGGUCUGUGAGGAAAGAGUUUGAGAGAGAAAGAGAGAGAGAGAGAGAGCAGAGACUCACAAAAAGAGGUGCAUCACAGCUUCGAGUAACACACAGAAAGGGCGGACUGACAAUCCAACGGAGAAAACGGGAGCACCAUUCCCCCAGUGAAGCCAGAAGAGGACAGCGCCGGCUCCACCAGGGUUUGGUCCUAGAAAAUUCAAAUCUGAUGAAAGAGUGGGCUAGAGCUGAAGUCAACAUGGCUGCCAACAGCUACCUAGCAGCAUCUGAUGGGUACUGCUCCUCUGACUCCCUCCAGUACUAUGAUAUCUUGUCAGACCACCUGACCUACCCACUUCAGGAAGUGGACCUCCAGUUCUCCUCUUACAGUCAGUAUUCUGGUGUUCAGUUCUCUCCGGUCCAGCAGGGGUCUCCCUCUACACAGUCCUGCUAUUCUUCAUACUCCUACAGUUCUCCUUGUCCUGAGGGGCAAUAUCCAGUGUGCGAACUGGGGAAGACCUCGUGCACACUGCCUAUUGAACUGGAUGGCCCCAGCAUUCCCAGCUUUCAAGUACUUAAGAGGCCAAGGAUAGGCAAUGGAUCUCUAAAGAUCAAGGGUCAGGAAGAGCUGUGUGUCGUCUGUGGGGACAAGGCAUCAGGCUACCAUUACAAUGCUCUUACCUGUGAAGGCUGCAAAGGUUUCUUCCGUCGCAGUAUCACCAAGAAAGCAGUGUACAAGUGUAAGAGUGGUGGCAACUGCGAGAUGGACAUGUACAUGAGGAGGAAGUGUCAGGAGUGCCGGCUGAAGAAGUGCAAGGCUGUGGGGAUGCUGGCAGAGUGUCUCCUCACGGAGGUGCAGUGCAAAUCUAAAAGGCUCCGCAAGAAUGCAAAGCAAGGCUUCGACUUGCUCUGCAACAUCAAGAUGGAGGAUGAGGGUCUUGAAAACAAGCAGGUCUCCUCUACAACAAAAGCACCUGGAAAGGAACACAAGGAGCUGACCAUGGAGGAGCAAGGUCUGCUGGACUACAUCGUAGAGGCUCAUCGCAGGUACCGAGCACCACAGGAGGCCGCACAGAGAAGUCUAGAGUUAGCUUCUGGGUAUGAAGAAUGGAUCCUGAAGCUCUCAGACACUCCUUCAUUUCAAAUUCAGACUCUGCUGGAAUUCAACAAGAGCCUUCCAGGCUUCAAUCUGCUAGAUCAUGAAGACCAGCUAGCCCUGCUGAGAGGUUCAACUCAAGAGGCAGCCUUCCUGUAUUCAGCCCAAAUGUACAACCCACAGUCAGGCGAGUUGCUGUCAAGGGAAGGAAAAGGUUCACGAGAAGACCUUGUUGUCUCCAUCUAUAAUUUCUACAGGAGUAUGGCUGAUCUGAACAUAACGGAGCAGGAGUAUGCGCUCCUCUUGGCCAUCACCGUAUUUUUCUCAGAUCGCCCUUUCCUGAAGAACCGGGAGCAGGUGGAGAAGCUGCAAGAACCCUUUCUGGAGCUGCUCUACAAGUUCUCAAAACUCCAUCACCUGGAGGAUCCACAGCAUUUUGCUCGGCUCCUGGGACGACUGACUGAACUCCGUAGCCUCAACCACAAUCAUGCCGGGGUUCUCACUGCACUUCGACACAGGGAUCGAAACCUCUCAUCUCUUCUCCGUGAUUCCUGGGACCUGCAGUGACUGGACACAGGAGAACAAACCCCUCAAAGAAUGUAAAAUCAAGCGGCAGGAUGGGAAAGCUGGGCAAAGGUACAAUUACAAAAGUGAUGUUGACCAAAGAGAUGCCUUGCUGUGAUGACUACAAGCCUUCACUUAACAUGAUUGACAUAUGCCAACCAUAAACUUUAUCAGAUGAGCAUAAAUGACAGGCCACAUCGUCUUUGAAGGCAAAGCUCUAAAUACCCUGUGAGUGUACUGUUGGGGAGAUCCCUUGAUGUCAUCUGGUUUUAUGUUGAACAAACACAACAUAGGGAUCCAAGUAAUGAAAAAAGCCUUGUGUGCUUAGGACCAAGAACAUAAGAGGAAACAGACAAGAUAACAGCAUACUGUCCCUGGUUAUGUUGUUGAGGUGGACACCCUUCUAACAAAUAUUUCAGUUCCAAUAUUUGCUGGCACAACAGCCAGAUGAACUGAAUGGCCUCCUCUCUUUUGUCAUUUAUGGACAUUCUUAGUGUCUCAGCUUGACAAUGUCAAACCCAAAUAUGGAUGUAGACCGGAAAGGUGGCAGCAAGCUUAUGAAACAAGGUAGAUGGUGUAGUAUAAUCAGUCAAUAAGUCUGUCCUCCAUUUAUGUAGUGCCUUCCAUAGCAAACACUUGUUAAAAAUAGAUCACAACACACAGAAAUAACCCAUAGGAGUGCCAAAGACAAUAGAAAAAUCCAGCUAGCUAUCCAGCUGUCCAUUUACUUAACCUGUGUAGUCCAGUAGGGCAUAAUAGAGAACUGCAGUCUAUACGACCAGCAUCAGACACAAUACAGGAACCAAACGGAGAUGGGACACCACGGAAAGAGUUCAGUUUUUGAAUUUUAAUGAAUUUGUAAAUCUUUCUGCAAACAUAUUUUCAAUUUGUCAUUAUAGGAUAUUGAGAGUAGAUCGAUCGGCAAUAUAUACAGUAUGCAAAAAUACUGACAGAUUUCAGCUGGUUUCUUGGCUUUCCAUACCUUUCUGCACUUCCUUUUCUUCAUGUGUUCAAUACUUAUUCCAUGUCAUCCACUUUAUUAGACAUAAUUUAUGGACUUAUUUGUUUUGAUUUUUUGUAUGUGUGGAUUACUUGGGUCGUUACCAUCAUCUGUUGAAAAUUUCAUAUGAGUAGCCCCAUUAGAAAUAUAUUUACUGUGAAAAACGAUGCGUUCAAUACUUAUUUUCUCUGCUGUAUAUAUAUAUUUAUGCACACACACGCUCACACACACCCACACACACUAAGGUCAAAAGGUUUAGAACACCUCAGUUUCUCCUGUUUUUCUUCAAAUUGGAUCAGUUGACCCUGUGUUCGGAUUCAGCGGGUUGGAAAAUGGAUGGAUGGAUGAAAUGCAAUAAAUGAUCUAAAAUGGUGGAAAGGUAAGCAGCAAACUGCCAGAGGUUUACAUUUAAAGUUUAGGUUAGCAAAAACUGAAAAAGGAGAAAAUUUCAGAAUAUUACAAAUGGGCAUUCUUCUGGGAACAACUAAUAGGUUACAACCUACUAAUAUUCUGCAGCAAUAGAUAGAUAGAUAGAUAGAUAGAUAGAUAGAUAGAUAGAUAGAUAGAUAGAUAGAUAGAUAGAUAGAUAGAUAGAUAGAUAGAUAGAUAGAUAGAUAGAUAGAUAGAUAGAUAGAUAGAUAGAUAGAUAGAUAGAUACUUUAUUAAUCCCAAGGGGAAAUUCACAUACUCCAGCAGCAGCAUACUGAUAAAAAACAAUAUUAAAUUAAAGAGUGAUAACAAUGCAGGUAUAACAGACAAUAACUUUGUAUAAUGUUAACGUUUACCCCCCCGUGUGGAAUUGAAGAGUCACAUAGUGUGGGGAAGGAAUGAUCUUCUCAGUCUGUCAGUGGAGCAGGACGGUGACAGCAGUCUGUCGCUGAAGCUGCUCUUCUGUCUGGAGAUGGUCCUGUUUAGUGGAUGCAGUAGAUUCUCCAUGAUUGACAGGAGUCUGCUCAGCGCCCGUCGCUCUGCCAUGGAUGUCAAACUGUUUGGCUCCUUGCCUACAAUAGAGUCUGCCUUCCUCACCAGUUUGUCCAGGCGUGAGGCGUCCCUCUUCUUUAUGCUGCCUGAGCAGCAUCCCUGCCUGGACCGGAGAAAGCACAGUCCCCUGCGGUGCUCCUGUGUUGCUGACCACAAUGUCAAUUAAAGUAAAUGAAGCAUUGCUUCAUUGAACAAUUUGCACAGGUGUCCAAACUUCUGUUGAUUAUUUAAAAACCCUUUGCUUGUCUUUAAGCAGAGCUGGAGCCGACUGUGUUACUACACCCUCUUAAGUACUACUUGGAUAAUAUUCCAGUGAUAAUGGCAAGUAAAUGGCAAUUAACAAACGAAAUGAGACAGAGUGUUAUUACCUUUAGAAGUGCAGGCCUUUCAUUUAGAGAAACUGCAAAAAAAAAAAGACAAUGUGUUAGUGAAUACUUUGGUGUCCUUAACAAUCCAAAGGCAACUGGAAACUGGAAGAAACUCUCAUAGGAAGAGAUCUGGCAGACCCAAAGUCAUAACCAAUUCAAAAGACAAGUUUUUCUGAGGGUCACCAGCUUGUGUGAUUACAGGUACCUCACAGCACAUGAGCUUCAACAGUGCAGGACGAAAAAAGCAAGUGUCAGUUUACACUGUGAAGAGGAGAGUUUCUGAUGCAGAUUUAGCAGGGCAAGUGGCAGAAAGGAAACCAUUCCUUAAAGGACAAAACAGGGCCUUGAAAUACCAGCUGUGGACUACUGCAGGCUGGAAGAAAGUCUUAUGGAGUGAUGAAUCAAAAUCUGAAAUCUUGGGUUCAUCACACAGGGUGUUUGCAUGUCGCCAAGCUGGUGAAAGGAUGGCUCCUCAAUGUGUGACACCAACUGUCAAACAUGGAGGAGGAAGUGUGAAGGUCUGGGGUUCUUUUGCUGGAAGCAGAGUUGGUGACUUGCACAGAGUGGCUGGCAUUCUGAAUCAAAAGGGCUACCACAAUUUGGCUGUUAUAUCAGCAAAAGGUGAAGGCCACUUUGACGAAUCAAAAAUCUGAAUAAAAUUUUGUACACUUAGUGAUUGCUUGACAUAUUUUUUAUUUUCCAUUGUUUAUUUGUUCUAUGCCUUGAGUUCAUGAAACAUUACGACAUUAAACUGUGUGCAUUUCCAUAAAAACAAAAAAACUGAGGUGUUCUAAAACUUUGAUAGGUAGUGUAAAUUAUAUAUAUAUAUAUGUUACGGCCAAAACUAGAAAUCGGCCAAAGCGGGAAGUGUCUGGCCAAAUUGGGAAAUGGCCAAUGUCGCUGUAAAUUGACCAGCCAAUGUCCAAUCUUUUCCUCGAUUUCGGGAUUUGGCCAGCCAGUUUGCAAAAUAGCAUGGGACAAUCAGCCAAAGUCGGAAGAAAAAAGGCAUGAGCAGCGAUUUGUUGCACACUUAGUAGUGCAAUUGCAUCGGGUGUAGCCUUGGCGGCUGUUGUUCAGAAAGUAGAUGCCACUUGGUUGUUUGUUUCACAAUAAUUAAGAUUAGGUAUAUAAAUAGGUUUCACAUUUCUGUUAUCAUUUUAGCCCUAAAAUAGUGACUUAACAUCAGGGACCUAUUUUAUUGACGUUAAGGUUAGUGUUUGGGCGAGGGGAAGGCCGUCUCAAGUGGCGUCCGCUUUCUGAACAAGACCUGCCUUGAGCAGUUUCUCGUGCAGAAUGGAAAACUCACUUCUGAAUCUGCAUCUGAAAUUUUUAAGCAUCCUCGCACCUUGACCAGACAGUCUUACAUCAGCACAUCGAAUUAUGGCUAGGGAGUUCUCGCCACUUCGUGAAAUGGCCGGGCCAAAGUAGCAUAUACACUGGUCAUUUCUAGUAAUUUGGACUUUGGCCACACCUCACAGAAAAAAUGAGAAAUGGCCGGCCAACUCGGGAACUGGCUGAACUUCGGAUUCCAUAAUGACAACGUGAAAAAAGCUUACUUGAGAUUUUUGCAAAUUUAUUAAAAAUAAAAAAAUUGAGAAAUCACAUGUAUAUAAGUAUUCACAGCUUUUGCCAUGAAGCUCAAAAUUGAGCUCAGGUGCAUCCUGUUUCCCCUGAUCAUCCUUGAGAUGUUUCUGCAGCAUCAUUGGAGUCCACCUGUGGUAAAUUCAGUUGGUUGGACAUGAUUUGGAAAGGCACACACCUGUCUAUAUAAGGUCCCACAGUUGACAGUUUAUGUCAGAGCACAAACCAAGCAUGUUUGCCAAAAGGCACCUGAAGGACUCUCAGACCAUGAGAAAGAAAAUACUCUGGUCUGAUGAGACAAAGAUUGAACUCUUUGGUGUAAAUGCCAGGCGUCACGUUUGGAGGAAACCAGGCACCGGUCAUCACCAGGCCAAUACCAUCCCUACCGUGAAGCAUGGUGGUGGCAGCAUCAUGCUGUGGGGAUGUUUUUCAGCGGCAGGGACUGGGAGACUAGUCAGGAUAAAGGGAAAGAUGACUGCAGCAAUGUACAGAGACAUCCUGGAUGAAAACCUGCUCCAGAGCGCUCUUGACCUCAGACUAGGGCGACGGUUCAUCUUUCAGCAGGACAACGACCCUAAGCACACAGCCAAGAUAUCAAAGGAAUGGCUUCAGGACAACUCUGUGAAUGUCCUUGAGUGGCCCAGCCAGAGCCCAGACUUGAAUCUGAUUGAACAUCUCUGGAGAGAUCUUAAAAUGGCUGUGCACCGACGCUUCCCAUCCAACCUGAUGGAGCUUGACAGGUGCUGCAAAGAGGAAUGGGCGAAACUGGCCAAGGAUAGGGGGGCCAAGCUUUGUGGCAUCAUAUUCAACAAGACUUGAGGCUGGAAUUGCUGCCAAAGGUGCAUCGACAAAGUAUUGAGCAAAGGCUGUGAAUACUUAUGUACAUGGGAUUUCUCAGUUUUUUUAUUUUUAAUAAAUUUGCAAAAACCUCAAGUAAACCUUUUUCACGUUGCCAUUAUGGGGUGUUGUGUGUAGAAUUCUGAGGAAAAAAAUGAAUUUAAUCCAUUUUGGAAUAAGGCUGUAACAUAACAAAAUGUGGAAAAAGUGAUGCGCUGUGAAUACUUUCCGGAUGCACUGUAUAUAUUAUAUAUUUUAUAUAUAUAUCUCUAUUAUAAAACCAAAUCUUGAAAAGAGACAAGAUGUGAUUGUCUCAGAGACACUUUCACGUCCCGCGAGACGAGUCUUCGUGCCAAGUGAUGUAACCACGCCCAGGGCCGGAAGCCCCGCGAGACACAGCUCGGCAGUUAUACGUUGUGUUGUCACGAUGUAAUUCCAAACACAAAAUCAAAAUUCAAUUGAUGAAAAGGUAAAAGCGAAAAGAGAUCAAAUAUAUAGAAAUAGGUGAUAUGACAGAAGUGUGCCGCGUGAAAUGCAGAUCACGCGGCAUGGCAGCAGCAGCAAGCCAGCAGCUGAUCGAGCAAAGAGGAGGUAAAAAAAAAUGACUGUGUGUUUCCCAUUAUAUCACCACUUAAGAGGGGGUGUCGGAGGAGCCCUCCACAAUGUGAGUGGCAGAGACGCAAAGUAAUUGGCAGGUGGGGGGUGUGGGCGACCAAAGCGAGCAGAGGGCAAAGUACAUAUAUAUAUAUAUAAAUAUAUAUAUAUAAAUAAAACGUACCCCAACUCGCUGAUAUUCCUUACUCCUGAACUGAGCUUUUUGAUCUAAUUUCAAGAACAGGAGCUACUAAAUACUUCUAAAUCCAACUAAGAACAGUUUUUAUGGAAAAGGGCAGGAGUUUGCCUUGAGAAAACUGGAGUAUGCCAAUUGACAUAAUGAAGAAGAAAGUAAACUGGCCAAACAGAAAACUGCCACAUUUGCACAUUCGCAGAGGGAGUUACAAGACAUAUCUUAGAUAUGUGCUAUGGGGGGACAGCACUCUGUUUUAGGUGUAACUAAGCAUUAUUGGGGUAGGGGUAUUAGGAAUGUGCGAAAUGAAAAAAAAAUUAAAUUUGGUUAUGGACACAAUGUGCUGUGGAAGUAUUCAAGCCCAACUACAAUCCAAAUGGACAGCCACUGAAGCUCAAAGAUCAAUAAGUGAUCAAUCCAGAUUAAUGAGGCUUAGUUAAACACAAAUAGUAUCAGGAAAUGGACAGCUGCUAGUUGAAAUUUAUUGAGACUCAAAAAUAAGGUGCUAACCUGCAGAUUUUGUACAGAAUAGCAACAAAUUGUAUGAUGCAUUAUCUUUUUUCUUUUCCAAUAAAGUUUACUCGAGAUUA